GUCCCACCAUUCGCACUGCUUCCUGGCCUAUUUCACUACCUCUCGGCUGCUCAGGGGGAUAGACGAGCAACGCCUUCGCUGCUACUCGCCAUUGACACGCGUCGAUACCUCACGCUUCCCCUAGACCCUAUCUACGCCUCCAUCGCCGUCCCGGCCAACCUGCACAGCGCCGCGAAGAUACAGCAUGGUGGCCAUCGACCACACCUCCCCGCAGCGUCAAACUCCGGCCCUCAAGCUAAACGGCGCAGUUGAGCCAACCACAAUGGAUACCGUCCCGCCCCUUCAGAGUUCCGGGACGCCAGACCCAUCGAAAGUCAAAAGGCCGGUACCAGCCAGAGCAGGCACCUCGAAUUUCUCGAAGCUAUCUACAAACACUGUGCCGCCGGAGGGUUCCAUUCUUACCGGGAAGCAGGAACAUUAUCUAAAGCGACAGUUACUUUCAAAACAAACAAACUACGAGAUUUCAGAGCUCAACUCACCCACCGCGCUCCAGCGAUUUGGCGCCCCGUUCCGCUCAGACGCCGGAGAGGUCCCCCCAGAAGAUUCCGAACUGCCUAUCCUCCGCUAUAUCUUCGUGCACCAUGUUCGAAACUUUCCGUUUCUCAACAAGGCCAAGGAGAAGGAAUUUUGGCAGGACAAGCUGCAAGUUUUCCUAGAAUCAUUUGCGAACAAGCACAUCUCGUCUUCGGAAGAUCGGUUAGAGGAAACAAAGCGGAAAAAGCUGGCCGGGAAGGCUGAGAAGCUGGUGGAACUGAUGAUGGUGUCUGGCAUACCCACAGCCUCAGGAUAUGAGGAGCGUAUCCGGUUUUCGGAGCUUGAGGUUGUGGAGCGAGGCGCCAGUGAGAAUGGCCUUGUCGUCAAUGUUCCUAGCGGCCAUGAAAUAAAUGGCUGGGACGUCAACGUAGCAGGAGUGCGAACCAUGUCUGUCAAAAAGCACCUUCGAUACCAUACACAUGCAGAAUACCUCCUACGAGUCAAAAAAGCCGGGCAACCAGAGAUCUAUGUUGGUCGCCGUUAUGCUGAUUUCGUACAAGUCCACAAACGAAUACGACUAGAGCUACCUGGAAAGGUCUUGUCUCCUCUCCCAAGGAAGAACAAGAAGAACUCGUUGUUGCGAUCAGACGCAGAUGAUGAUGCAGACUCCAUUUCCUCAGGAUCAACGCAAGAAGCCCCAGAACCUUAUGAUACAGGAAACAAUGGCGGUGGCUUACGAAGCUACAUAUUUAGUAACCACCGUCGGAACGCAUCCACUUCCUCUUUGAGAAGCGGCAAAUCCCCACGAAGAUCUGUUGAUAAUGUUGCUUUCAAAGAGCCACGAGUUCUGUACCGAGAAGAGCAACGAGUGUCUCUCCGAGCUUUCUUACGCACCUUUCUGCAAAACGAAAUCAUCUCUCAGUCUAGCGCAAUGGUAGAGUUCUUGACCGGAAAUCCGAUCGAACUCAACGAGGAAGAACUGGAGGAUAUCGAGAGGCGGAAGGAGAUGGAUGAGAAGCGCAUGGAAGAACAGAGGCAGUUCUACGAGAUUGCUAGAAAGCGAGCAGCGGAGCUAGAUGUUCAUAUGGAGAAGUUCCGGCGAGACAUUGUAGAACGCAAUGGUUUGUCACACUUGUUCCGGGAAAUCCGCGAGAAAAACACGAUAGCAGGACUCAAACCUGAGUAUCAGAAGUUUGCCGAAUGGCUUCGAAUAGAAGUCGCUGCCACUCUGUAUCAUCUUUUCCUUGCCGAGGACAACUCGCCAGAGCUCUUUGCUCAAGCGAAGAGGAUUCACUCUCUCGUACCAUAUACACUUUUGAAAAACGUCAUUCGAAUAGCCAACCCAGCGGCCGUCAUGAAUGGAGUUCUAGAUCUUUUCCUAGCGCAACCCUUAGGCGCUCGUUCCCUCAUGCAGCGCAUGUUUGGAAUGGCCAUCAACGAUGGAGUAAGAUCUGUUCAAAAAUCUAUCGAUACCCUCGCCUCGACCAAGAUUCAGGAUCCUGUGCUCGUCGAAAAGAUCAAAGCUUUCACCCAGGCGAAUGAGGAUAUCAAAGAGGCGAUCAGGCUUGAGGCGCAAGAGGAAGGCGUCGAUGUUGUUGUGACUAUUCUUCGCUCCGAGCACAUCUCGCCAGAGCUCACAGCGGAGCAAAUAACCAAAGUCUUCAACGCUUACGUCGCGUGGAACAGCGCAGUAGAAAACACUCGCAGCCGUUCGAUGAGCCGAAAGUCGAGUAGCUUUAGUGUGCUUAGCACCAUCAGCAACAGCGCGGACAAGUUUGUUGACGAGGAGAUGCGAAGCGGAGCGGAGCUGUUUGCACAUUUGAAACAGCUUCUCAAGCUGUGUAUGAGGCAGCGCGAUAAGUUGAUGAUGAUGCAGAUUAUCGAAGAGCCGACAACCCUACACCUAUUCCGCGACCUGUUCUCGAUCUUCUACGAACCCCUCGUCCGCGUCUACAAAUCUGCGAAUGUUUACAACAGCAUCACAGACUUUGCCAUGUUCGUCGACGACACCAUCAAAACCAUCGAAGCCGCCCAACGUCAAGACGUCUCAGCAGACCCCAAUCAAACCGUGCAAUCGUUCAUCGACCUUUGCGCACGCCACGAGAAUGACUUCUACAAAUUCGUACACGAGGUUCACAUUCACGAUAAUGGGCUCUUUGACCAGCUCAUGGGCUGGUUGGAGGGAAUCCUCGAGUUCCUCCGCAAAGGACCUGGGGGCGGGGGAAAGCUGGAUAUGAACGCGCUAUUCCAGGGUGCCACGGAUUCAGGACUCAUCGACAAGCAACUAGCAGUCCGUGAGAUCAACUCCUUGAUCCGAUGGCAAACGGCGCGCAAGAAGUGGCAUCAGGACAAGACGAGGCAGAAAAUGGCUUCUAGCGGAGGCGAUGAAACGGAUGGUAUGAUGGGUGGGAUUGCUGGGUUCAAGAGCAGUGAUUUUGGUCUUAACGAGCUCGACCUCCAAGACCUCGAACUCGAUGAAGAAGACGACUUCUACGAGAGCGACAGCGAAGACGACAUGGACGACGAGGAAAUCGCCAACCCCAUCGCGGCUGAACGCAAGCGACGAGCGCGCGCGCAAGAGCGGCUCCGGAGAACGGCGGGCGAGCCGAAGAAGCCGCCGAUCGUCGAGCUCGACAAGAUGCACCCGAGCUUCCUAGCCAUGCUGAGAUCGGUGUUGGCAGAGUAGACAUAACCAACGAUGGGUUGUUGAUACUUGCGUGUAGAUGUGUCGAAGAAACGAUGAGAUACCUAUGCGAUGCGGCGUUUAUGAUAAUUGAGGACGGGAAAGGAGGAUGGUAGAUAACGGUGGGCCUGGGAGUGGAGGACCUACAUAUCGUUACCCUUAUCCUGUGGAUAGCGUGAGAUAGUUGGGCUGGUGGCCGUUUAAUACGUGAUGCUGACGCCUGGAGA